AGGUUUGACAGCCCUGUUGACAAAAAAAAAAACAGUUUGUAAUGGCUUUACUGGUUAUGAUGGGAACUGCACUGGUUUUGGUGACUGUAAUGGUUCUGUUGGUCUCCUUCUAUUGGUGGCUUGUUAAAACCAAUACAUCCCAAAACACACUACAGAAAACCAUUUUUAAUGGUUUUAAUGGUUAAAAGUUGAUGGUUUGUAUUUGUAAUGGUAUUUAUAGUGGAAACCAUUAGAUUUUCUGUGAUGGUUUUUUGCUUGUUUUUGUUUUGUUUUCAGCAGGAAAAAAACCUGCCUCGAGGUCGCGUCACAUGACAACUUUUCCAAAUCUUUCCACUUUGCUGUAAGUGAACUGUAGUUGAUCGUCCAGAAGGGGGCGGGUUUUCUCCUGGCGCUCUUCAUGAGUUCCCUCGAGAGCUGGAUGAGGAACUAGAGGAGCAGAACUUGUUGAGAUGAUCAGACCGGAGCUCUCGCUCAUCCGCAGCACAUCGUCCGAUCAUCCAGAUCCGUUCAGCAGAGCGUCGCGAUGAUGCUGCGCGUUUUAUUCGCUCUGAUGGUGUUCGCCGGCUCGGUUCAGGCGGAUAAACGCGCGGCGGAGAUGAAGACGAGCCUGAUGGAGUCACCAUCAUCAUCCUCAGCGCUGGAGCUGAACGCCUCCGCAGCGCAUCGCGGUGAUGAUGAAGACGCACGCGCGCCGAGAGUCCCGCGCGGCUCCAAACACAAGCAGCAGCGCGAGCGGAACGCGCACCGAACCCCGCGACCGCAUCCCGACCCCGACGCGUUCUUCACCACGCCGCGAGCGUUCAACGGCUCGCUGCGCGUCCACAACCCGCUGUUCCCGCUCACGGAGGAGUCGUACAGCGCGUACGCCGUCAUGCUGCUCGCGCUCAUCGUGUUUUCCGUGGGCAUUGUGGGUAAUCUGGCGCUCAUGUGUAUCGUGUGGCACAACUAUUACCUGAAGAACACCUGGAACUGCGCGCUGGCCAGCCUGGCGUUCUGGGACUUCAUGGUGCUGUUCUUCUGCCUGCCGGUGGUCAUCUUCAACGAGCUGACCAAGAGGAGGCUGAUGGGAGAUCUGUCCUGCAGGAUAGUGCCUUAUGUGGAGGUGACGUCUCUCGGCGUGACCACGUUCACUCUGUGCGCGCUCAGCAUCGACCGCUUCCACGCGGUGACCAGCGUUCAGCCGCGGCCGCGGCAGGUGGAGUCCUGUCAGUCCAUCCUGGCCAAGCUGUCGGUGAUCUGGGUGGGAUCCCUGGUUCUGGCCGCUCCGGAGCUGCUGAUGUGGCGUCUGGAGCAGGAGGUCUCUCCGAGGACGGGUCUGCCGGUGGACACCUGCGGUCAGCAGCCGUCCGUGACGCUGCCGGAGACACUGUACUCGCUGGUGCUGACGUACCAUCAGGCAAGAAUGUGGUGGACCUUCGGAUGUUUCUUUUGCUUGCCGCUGCUGUUCACCGCCGCAUGUCAGCUGCUCACGCGACACGUUGCGGACGAAAACGCCAAGAGCAUUCGUCCGUCUUCUUCGUCGUCUUCAUCAUCUUCCGCAUCUUCGUCUCCAAAGAAGAAGCAGCGGCGAGAGCGUCAGCUGACCCGCACAGUGGUGGCGUUGGCGUCUGUUUACGCCGUUUGCAGUUUGCCGGAAAACGUCUGGAACUUCGUUCUGGCUUACGCGGGCGUGGAGGUGGGCGUGGCCACGCGGGCUCUCCUUGCUCUGAUUGGCCAGUUCUUGAUGUUCGUGCGGGCGGGAGCGACGCCCAUCCUGUUGCUCUGCAUCUGUCGCGCUCUCGGCCAGGCGUUCAUGGACUGCUGCUGCUGCUGUUGCGACGAGUGUCUUCCAGAUCCUUCGUCGUCGACGACGUCUUCGUCUACUAACGCUACGGCUGUCUCUUCGUCCCUGUCCUCGCCCGUCUCCGUCCAGGAGGAGAAGCUGAAGAUCGUGUCGGGAACGUCACCCGCGGUGUUCUUCGAUAAAGUGAAGGACGGUCCGGCCGAGCUGAUCAUCGGAACGCCGUGUUGAUCUCAGUGUCCGUUUAUAAAAACUGUGAAUGAAAUAUCGUCCAUCGCUAACACUCUUAAAGGGACAGUUCACACAAAAUUGAUCAUUCCGUUGUCAUUUAAAUGUUCCAAACCUGUUUUAUUUUGUGUGCAGAACACAAAAAAAUGUGUUAAUAAAUUAUCACAAUACUUUAUUAAAUUAAAAAUAUUAUAAAAUAAAAAUUAUAUAAACGACAGGAUUAUCAUGCCGUCACUCACCGCUGGA